CAAUAUCCUGACCAUUGCAAACAUCACUCCCUCUAUCUAAGCCGCCUAAACCUAGUGAUGUUCUAGGUUUCUUAUAAAUCAAUUUCUUUUUUCUUUUUCUUCAAAUCCCCAAAUUCCCAAAUCUAGUUUUUUUUCCCUUUUUGCCCUUUCUACUCUUUCGCCUCAUUUUCGUGUAUAAGGGUAUUUUAUCAUUUCAUAUAGUACUUUGUUUUAUUUUUUUUAUUAUUUUAAAAAAUGUGUGUUGCCAGUUUUCUAGUCAUUUGAUGAUAAUUAAAUGAUGUGGAACGUUGAGAAUAUACAAGAUAUGGUUCGAUUCCCUCUAUUCCAAUAUCGCUUGUAUACAAAAAACAAGAAAUCAGAAGUUCCCCUUAUUCAAAUAUGCAUGUAUACAAAAAUUAAGAAAUCAGAAGUUCCCCUAUUCCAAUAUAGCUUCUAUACAAAAAAAGAAAAAGAAAUCAGAAGUGAAAAAAGUAAGGCCUCUCUUUAAGAAAAAAAAAAGGUAAAAUGAGGAUGACGUGAAAAAUAAGAAAUUUUUUUUGAGUGAUGAUGGGUGCAAAUAGACACCACAAGGUGCAGGAAGAAGAAACCCAAUGGCCUUACGUUUAUCAUAUGAACCCCACAACUUCACACUUCACAGAAACCAGGACCAAGGCCCAGGAAGAAGAAACCCAAUACACAGCUUGCAUGGCUGCUCCAGCUGUCGAAAACGCCGCCGUUUCGGCGCUCCGGUCGGUCAUGCUCCGAGUCCGGCACGCUGCGGAGCGGUCGGGUCGGAAUCCGGGUCAGGUGAGGGUAGUAGCGGUGUCGAAGACUAAGCCCGUUUCUCUCAUCCGCCAAGUAUACGACGUCGGCCACCGUCGUUUUGGCGAGAAUUACGUCCAGGAAAUCCUCGACAAAGCUCCUCAGCUUCCUGAAGACAUAGAAUGGCAUUUUGUUGGGCAUUUGCAGAGCAACAAAGCGAAAUUGCUUCUGGCUGGAGUCCCGAAUCUGGCCUUGGUUGAGGGCGUAGAUAAUGAGAAGAUUGCAAACCAUCUUGAUCGAGCAGUGUCAAACCUUGGUAGAAAUCCUUUAAAGGUCUUGGUCCAAGUAAAUACCAGUGGAGAAGUAUCCAAAUCUGGUAUCGAUCCUUCUGGUUGUGUUGAACUUGCGAAACAUGUCAAAUUUCGGUGCCCAAAUCUACAGUUUUCUGGCUUAAUGACAAUAGGGAUGCCAGACUAUACAUCAACUCCAGAAAACUUCAGGAUGCUAUCAAAGUGUAGAGCUCAGGUCUGCAAGGCGCUUGAUAUGGCUGAGGAGCACUGUGAGCUAUCAAUGGGCAUGUCUGGUGACUUUGAACAAGCGAUUGAAAUGGGCAGCACCAAUGUCAGAAUUGGAUCCACCAUAUUCGGGCCGAGGGAUUAUGCAAAGAAGCAACCAGAUUAGAAUCUUCCAACCCCUGCCCUUCAUGCCUUUAUGUGUUUCUAUGUGCUUAUUGAUCCUGGCAAAGCUUGUAUCCCUCUUUUUCAGUCGUAUGGUGUAACAAUCAUCAACUGUCAUUCUGCUGCUCAUCAUAUGCAGCUCCUGACCUUUAUUGUAAUCAAAUCAUGUACCACAAAAUCUUUCAUAUAUUGAUAUAUUUGUUAUGAAGUCUUUCUUACAGA